AUGGCAGACGACGUCUCACAGUUUUUAGAGAAGAUGACAUUAACUUUGGAGGAAGAAGAGACUAUUCCAAUAUCAGAUGAAGGUCGAAGAGAAGAGUUGGAAAGUUGUGCUUUGAGUCUUAUUGGUAAGUUCUUAACCUGCAACCCGUUUAAUAAAAGAGCAGCACUAAGUACAAUCAAAAAAGCAUGGGGGUUGGAAGAUGGAGUGCAGGUUGCUGAGGUGGGGUCAAACCUAUUUCAAUUCAAGUUCAGAUCAGAGUUUGAGUUGGACAGAGUAUAUACCGGUGGUCUUUGGUGUCUUGAUAAUCAAGCAUUGUUGUUAACCAGAUGGGAGUCGGGGAUGACGGCGGUGAAUGUCAAGUUUGAAUCCAUAUCUUUGUGGGUUCAAAUUUGGGGGGCUCCUUUUGACAUGAGAACUUCUCGGGUAGCAGAGGAGGUGGGGAAUCGGUUGGGUAGGGUUUUGGAAGCGGCGCAUCAAUGA